UUCUCGGCGUUGGCGCAUUGUGCGUUGCGUAGGGAACCCUGGUGGCGGCGCUGUUGCUGCCGCCGCGGUUGUCAUCUCGUGCGGACAGGCCGCCGUCAUGGAAGGGAAACCUGCCGACCAGCUGCUGUGUGACAGCCUCAUCCUUUGGCUGCAGACAUUUAAUAUUGCUAAAUCCUGCAGAGAAGUACAGGACUUAACAAAUGGUGUAGCUCUGGCAUAUGUUCUUCAUGAAAUCGAUCCUGCCUGGUUUGACAAAGCUUGGCUAAGACGUAUUAAAGAAGAUGCUGGUGAAAGCUGGAGAAUAAAGGCUAGCAAUUUGAAGAAAGUUCUUCAAGGAAUUAUGGAUUAUUAUCAUGAGUUUUUGACUCAGCAAAUCUCAGAAGAUCUUCUUCCUGAUUUAAACCAAAUCUCUGAACAUUCUAAUCCAGUAGAGCUUGGCAGAUUAUUGCAGCUCAUUUUAGGCUGUGCAGUCAACUGUGAAAAGAAGCAAGAACAUAUACAAGUCAUAAUGACACUAGAGGAGUCUGUUCAGCACGUCGUCAUGGCUGCUAUCCAAGAGUUAAUGAGCAAAGAGAUUUUGGGCUUUGUUCCAAGUGAUAUAUCUGGUGAUGUGGAGCAACAGCUGAAAAGAGCAGUGGAAGAACUUAAUGAAGUCAUAGCAGAAAAAGAAGAAUUGAAGCAAAGAUGUCAAGAACUAGAUUUGCAGGUGGCUGCCCUUCAAGAAGAAAAAUGCAGUUUAAUGUCUGAAAAUGAAAUAAUGAAUGACCGAUUGGAUCAGUUAGAUGGUUCAUUUGAUGAUACAAACACAGCAGUUGCCAAAAAGUAUUUUCAUGCACAGUUACAAAUAGAACAGUUACAAGAAGAAAAUUUCAGGCUUGAAACUACAAAAGACGAUUACCGUGUUCAUUGUGAAGAACUUGAAAAACAAUUGAUUGAGCUGCAACAUCGAAAUGAUGAACUGACGUCUCUGGCAGAAGAGUCCCGGGCUCUGAAGGAUGAAAUUGAUGUUCUUAGGACUGUUGCUGAUAAAACAAAUAAACUGGAGUCGACGGUUGAGGUGUAUCGCAAAAAGUUGGAAGAUUUGAAUGACUUUCGGAGACAGGUGAAAAUACUUCAGGAAACAAAUAUGAUGUAUAUGCAUAACACAGUUAGCCUAGAAGAAGAAUUAAAGAAAGCAAAUGCAGCCCGUUCACAGUUGGAAACUUACAAAAGGCAGAGCCAGGAAGUUCAUAACAAGCUCUCUGAAGAAUCCAAAAGAGCAGAUGCACUAGCUUUUGAAAUGAAACAAUUGGAAGAGAAGCACGAAACAUUAAUUAAAGAGAAAGAGAGAUUGAUAAUUCAGCGUGAUGCAUUGAAAGAGACCAAUGAAGAGCUCAGGUAUUCACAAAUGCAGCAGGAUCAUAUGAACCAAACAGGUGCAUCUACUAUGAAAAGCCAUGAAAAUCUUGCUGCUGAAAUUCUGCCUGUGGAAUUUAGAGACAUGUUCAUCCGGCUUCAGCAUGAAAACAAGAUGCUUCAUUUGCAACAAGAAGGAUCAGAAAAUGAACAAAUUGCAGGGCUUCAAGAGAAACUGGAACAAAAAAAUCGAAUGAUAAAUGAAUUAGAAACUGAAAACAGACUGAGCAAGGAGCGUUUUGGGGAGCUGCAGCAGCAGAUUGAAGACCUUCAGAAGUCCUUGCAGGAGCAAGAGUCCAAGUCAGAAAGAGAAAGGUCCAGUCAAUUGAAACAGAAGAUAGCAGCCCAUAUGGAGAAAUUAAAUGAAGUCCAUGAUGAACUGCAGAAGAAGGAAGCUCUUCUUGCAGACCUUCAACCAGAUUUAAAUCAAAAUGCACAAAAAAUAGAAGAAUUAGAAGCUGCUUUGCAUAAGAAAGAUGAAGAUAUGAAAUCAAUGGAAGAGAGAUAUAAGAUGUAUUUAGAAAAAGCAAGAAUUGUCAUAAAAACUUUAGAUCCCAAAUUAAAGCCGGCAUCUACUGAAAUAAUGUUGCUAAGGAAACAGUUGGUAGAAAAAGACAAAAGAAUUGAAACACUUGAGGGUCAGUGUAAAUCAUCCAGGAUUCAGGAGCAUGAAGAAAAGUUAAUUGUAUCUGCAUGGUAUAACCAGAGUUUAGCAUUUCAUAAACUAGGAAUGGAAUCCAGACUUCUCCGUGUGAAUACUGCCUACAGAGAUGGUCAGUCAUACCCACCUGCACAGUCUUUCCUUGCUCAACAACGGCGACUGACCAACAGCCGAAGGAAUCUCCCUGUUAAAGCACCACCUACAUCAUCAGAUUAGGUCAUAGAAGACAGUUUGCCCUAAAGUGUCCUUAAUUUAUUUUACUAUUCCUGUUUUACAAUGUCAGACAAAGAAUAAACUAUGAUGCAGGACAUCAGCUGUUUUACAAAUGGGAUCUAUAUGCUGGUAAACCUAAUUUAGCCAGAUGAUAAGAAACAAGAAACAUUUAAUGUUUCCUUUAGGAUUCUAAAAAGAUUGGGGAUAUGUUUAAAAGCACAGUUCUUAAAGGAAUUAUAUUUGUUGUCAUUCUAUAUUAUACUGUAUGUAUAUAAAGAUGUGUAAACUGUCCGUAUUUAAAGUUCUACUUAAAAAUUCUCAUUCCAGGUUAAUCACUGGUUUUAAUAAGAAUAUUUUUCAUUAGUGAUAUGUCUACACAGUUCUUUUUCUUUAAAGUUAGUUUAUUUUUUAAUAAUGGUUUUCAUUAGUAAUGGGUGUACACAGUUCUUUUUAUUUAAUAUUGGUUUAUUCUUUAAAUACUGGAAAACUCAUGAAUAUUCUUCAAGAUUCAUGGCAAGUAGUUCCUCCCAUAUUCCCAAAAGUAGAGUGAAAUAAUUGAUUUAAUCAGUAUAGCUGUAAACUUGUUGCGUUCUCCCCAAGCCCUUCUUCCAUUCAGCAAAAACUAAUUAGAUUUAGAAUAACUUCAUCAUUAUUUUAUUUCAUAAAGAUUUUUUUUUCUUAAUGGUUGAGUUUGUUUUGGAGGUUAGUUUUUAAAAGCCAUGCCACAAAUAUUGAUCAAGAUAUGAGGAGGAACUUCAAACACAUGAGUGUUUACUGAAGGGAUGAGAUGUAAAUUUAAUUUUUCCAUUUAAAGGAAAUGCACAUGUUCAAAUUAAACACAAUGGAAGAGGUUGAAAUUAUUCUAUUUGAAAUUGAACUAUAAUGCAAUACAAUCUUGAACUCAUACACCUCAAGUAAAAUGAAGCCUAUAAGCUGGGAUUUUUUAAAUAAUGCUUUUUGUAUUGUGGGGCACCAAAUUUAUAAUUGAAAUUGUAGUGAUAGUUUUACUAAUUUUGCAUUUUAAAACUGGUUUGUGCAAAUAACUUCAGUAUCAAAUGAUUUUGUGUAGAUACACUACCACAAGCCUGACUUCAAGUGGUCCUCAUUUAAUGAGGGGUAUUAGGACUGGAAUUUUUGUUGUUAAGUGAUGUCAUAAAGGGCAAUGUCAUAUGACUCUGCCACUUUAUGAGGGUGGUUCCCCCCUGGCUUUUCCACAGACUUUGCUUGUAAGAAGCUGGUAGGGAAGGUUGCGUAUCGUGAUUACAUGACUGCAGAAUGCUGCAACAGUAAGAAAUCCAAGCCAGUUGCCGAGCACCCAGAUUGUGAUCAUGUGACCACAAGGGCACUGCAGUAAUCAGAACUUCAAACAACUUGGUUGUAACUGCCACUCAUUUAGCACUGUUGCAAAUCCUAGGGGUCACUGAAUGAGUGGUCACUUGGAACAUUUUUGUUUCAUUUUAAACAGAAUAAAAUUGAUAGCAUUGCAACAGGUAUAAUGACUCAGGAAUAAAUCUUGAUGAAUUCAAUGGCAUUUAUUUUCAAACAAGUACAUAUACAAUUGCAAUUAUAUGUAUUGUCAAAUAAUUUCAUCCCCCGCCCCCCGCCAGUUUACAGUUCUCAGUGUUUUAUAUAUUUGUUGAUUGUCGCUUGCGUUUUCUUCUUUGGUUGCAUUCCGUUUCUUCUUUGGGAUUUGGUAGUUCUCAGAGGCAUUUCCAUUGCUUGUACUAGCCAACAUUUACUAGACCACAAUCUUGCUCAAAUAUGUUUCAGUCACAGUAAUGUGUGUUGUGGAGACAAAACCUGACUACUAUUGGUAAAUAGAGUUGUACCUAAUUUCACGAAUGUAGAGAAAUAUUGAAAACUUGGAAGUUCAUCUUACUGGAAGCAAGAAACUUAAAAUAUUUAUGACUGACUAUUAAAAGCUGUUUGCGUUAAACAGUUGAGUUAGAUAAUGGUCUGAUAGUUAUGUUUUGGCCAGUAUAGUUCUGCUGCUUAACUAUUUCAGUUUACAAAUCUUUGUGUUAAAGAACCAGGAAAAACAUAGCUUUUUACUGGUUCAGAAUUACUGUACAUCUUUACUGUAACUUGAUUCAAAAACAUAAAGAAGCAAACUCAUUUUUAAUUUUUUAAAAAAUCUAUGUAAUAGAAAAUUUGUAUUAUCAGGAAAAAGUCCAAAUUAGAUAGCACAGUAAAUAUAAUUAUUGCUGCCCCUAAAAAUACUUCUUUUUCUUUUGAUAUAAUGUCUCACCCCUUCAUCUGCAAUAGAUCUAGAAUAUAUUUCCUCAAGAUAAAUUCAAAUAUUUAGGGAUGGAAGAAAUAGUUAAUCAGCUCUCACUUGUAAUGGUAGCAAUACUCUCAGCCAUGUUUAGCUUGUAAUCCUAAACUAGUUUAAUAUUACCAAAUGUCUGUGAUUUUGUAGCUCUGUCUUCCUAAUUGCUUCAUUUUAUAAGAAUUGAUAUAACAGGUGAUACUUUUCAACUGUGAUAUUAGUGAAAUUAUUGCUAAAAAUAAUUAAAUAUGCAUGUAGACUGUAAACUGUACAUAGACUUUAAUGUGCAGCCUAGCAGAAUGGGUGCCUCACACUUCGAUAUACAUAUAAUAUGUGUUUCUCUCCACACUCAACAAUAACAAAUAACUUUUAGGAUAUUACAGUUUAUUUUCUGAAUAUUGAGGAUGAUAAAAUGUAAGUCUGGGGACAAUCCUUAUAGUUUAGAAUAAUUCUUGGCAACUGAAUUUGGAGUUGCCUUUUUGGUACGGCACUUAUUUCAAAAUAUAAUCUACCUCCUUUGAAUAAUCUAAUUUAAAUAACUGAUCAAAGCAAUUGAAUCCAGAAUUUUAUACCUCUUUCUUAGUUAGCAAAGCAAAAAUGAAACCAAUUGGAAUCUUUUUAAAUUGAUUCUACAAAUUCACUCUUUUUAAAUUAGUGAAUUAGUUGAUUUUAUGUCACUAGUACUGUUUCCCAUAAUAUAGAAUAUUUAACUUAUCUAUGUGUUCUCUAUAUUGAUUAUGUGAAUAUUUUCAUUAGAUUCCAAAAUACAUACUUGUAUAACGUAUGCAUUGACAUUCUGGUUAUAUAUACAAUGGGCUAUUUUACUUAUAUAAAGAGAUUACAUUUUUAAACAGAAAUUUGCUUUUAUUUUAAAAGCAAAUCUUAUUUGACUAAAGCAGUACUUAGAAUCAAUGAAAAGGCUAAUGUUUUUUUAUUAAGAGGAAAUAUGUUUUUAUCCAGUAAGUAUUUGCUUGAGAUGACAUACUUUUAAGCACUACUAAUUUUUUUCUUUUAAAUAGUAAGUCUCAGAUAUUUUUAGACUUACCAGGUUCUAAUGUGUAUGAUACAUGCUUGUGUCUGUGCAAAGAAAAUGAAUUGUACAGAAAUAGUAUAAAAAUUAUUUGCACUACUUUGUAAACAUGGUUUUAUUCUUCAAGAUGUUUUAUAUUCCCAUUAAAAUUGACAACAUUAUGGUC